CCCCUCUUGAUCAUUCAUCUUCUUUCAUAUCGUUUCUACGACCAACUUUGGAAGUGUCGUAACUUUGAAAACGAAUCGUAACAUAAUGAUACAUUGGAAUUUACAUUUUAACAAAUUCAUCUUUGUCUUUAUUCUUGUACCGGAAAUUACUAAGGUUAAAACUUUAUUGGGUUGGUUGGUUUGGGAAUAAAGAAAGGAAUAAACAUUGAACAUUGUAGAUUGAAGAUUGCUGUGACCUGAAUUAUAGAAUGACAGAGUGUGAUGGAGUACACCUGAAUAAGCCUUUUUGGGGUUUAGGAGUAAGGAGUAGUUCAUCCAUGGAUGCCAGCCGGCCGGCCAAUCCUAGAUUGAGAAAUGAUAAAUUUGCAUGUAUGGAGUGUUGUGUGAGAUUAGAUGCUUCUUGUGGAUUGUGAUUCUUUCUGCUCAAGGUAUUUCACCUUUUUUGCGGUAAAGGUGUUUCUUUUUGUUUGAAUAUUAAGUGAUGUAUUUGACUUGAAUAGCCCAUCACGUGUAGCCUUAUUUAUUCUAUGUUGGGGGUCCUCUAUAAAAUGAAAUGGGACUCGAUCACCAAUUGUAUCAAAUAAGAUCCAUCCAUUAUACUAUUCUUGACUCAACCUUACCUUGACCUGAUCUUCUCUUCUCUUCGCUUUGACAAAAUGGCGUGGACUUGUUGGUUUAUAACGGUGCUAUUAUUACCUAUAAUGGUGGCUGUAGUUGUCACAGCCCAGCCACCCGGGAUACUAAUUCCUAGCAAUUCUCAUUGUGACGUUGGAAAGUUCAAGAUUUGUAAGAACUUGGUUCAUGUUUGUCCCAAGUUUUGCGGUCCUAGCGGAGGUUGCACAACCGAAUGCCAAUCUUGCAAACCCAUUUGCAAUGACGGCUCCUUUCCGCCACCCGAGUCUGACGACUCACCUUCUCCACCCGAGUCCGACAACUCACCUCCUCCACCCGAGUCUCACAACUCGCCUCCACCACCCGAGUCUCACGACGACUCACCUUCUCCACCCGAGUCUCACGACGACUCACCUCCGACUCCCGAAUCUCACAAAUCGCCUCCACCACCCGAGUCUCACGACGACUCACCUUCUCCACCCGAGUCUCACAAAUCACCUCCGCCUCCCGAGUCUCAUGACGAUUCACCUCCCACACCCGAGUCUCAUAACUCACCUCCGCCACCCGAGUCUCACAACUAUCCUCCGCCAUCCCAGUCUCAUGACGACUCACCUCCAACUCCAGUCAAUCCUCCCAUCACCCACAGCCCUCCUCCACCACCCAAGUCCGACGAGUCACCUCCAACUCCAGUCAAUCCACCAACCACCCAUAGCCCUCCUCCACCACCCGAGUCUGACAACUCACCUCCGAUCACCCAUAGCCCUCCUCCGCCACCCGAGUCUGACAACUCACCUCCGAUCACCCAUAGCCCUCCUCCGCCAACUGAGUCUCACGACUCUCCUCCAACUCCAGUCAGCCCUCCGAUCACUCAUAGCCCUCCUCCACCAACUGAGUCUCAUGACUCACCUCCAACUCCAGUCAGCCCUCCGAUCACUCAUAGCCCUCCUCCACCAACUGAAUCUCACGACUCCCCUCCAACUCCAGUCAGCCCUCCUCCGCCAACCCAGGCUGACGACUCACCUCCAACUCCAGUCAAUCCUCCGAUCACCCAUAUCCCUCCUCCGCCAUCUUCUACACCUACUCCGACCACCACGCAUAGCCCUCCUCCGCCAUCUUCGACACCUACUCCGACCACCACCCAUAGCCCUCCUCCUCCAUCAUCUACCCCCACUCCGACCACCCAUAGCCCUUCUCCGCCAUCGUCUACACCCACUCCGUCCACCCAUAGCCCUCCUAAAGGUUCCGGAAAGAAGAAAUCAAAGUGCAAGAACAAAAAUUCAGAGUGUUACAAUGUAGAGUAUGUCUGCCCUGAAGCUUGUCCAGGUGGAUGUCAAGUGGAUUGCAAAUCUUGCAAACCUGUUUGCAAUUGUGACAAGCCAGGAGCAGUAUGCCAGGACCCUCGUUUCAUCGGAGCCGACGGCAUCACUUUCUACUUCCACGGCAAGAAAGACAGGGAAUUCUGCCUAGUCUCCGACACAAACCUCCACAUUAACGGUCACUUCAUCGGAAAACGAGACCCAACCAUGACCCGAGAUUUCACCUGGGUUGAAUCCAUCGGUAUCCUCUUCAACAACCACAAGAUGUUCCUGGGCGCCAAAAAGACAGCUGCAUGGGACGAUCUGAACGACCGUCUGGCAAUCACCUUUGACGGAGAACCAAUAUUCCUUCAGGAUAGAGAAGGCGCGAGUUGGCAACCGGAAUAUUCGUCUCAGGCUGUCUCCAUCACGAGAAUCGCGUCGUCGGCUAAUAGCGUCGUGGUUGAGGUAGAAGGAAAUUUUAGAAUCACGGUGAAGGUGGUGCCCAUAACCGAAGAAGAUUCUAGGGUUCAUAAUUACGGUAUAACAAAAGACGAUUGCUUCGCUCAUCUUGAUUUGAGCUUCAAAUUCUUGUCUUUGAGUGGAGACGUUGACGGCGUAUUGGGUCGGACUUACGCGAGUGAUUAUGUUAGCAAAGUGAAUAUGAGCAAAGCCAUGCCGGUGGUGGGAGGUGAGAAAGAGUUUAUAACGUCAAGCCUCUUUGCCGCCGAUUGCUCUGCGUCUCGCUUUGUCGGCGAGCAAAAGAAAGUGUCCAGCGGAUUGGGUAUGGAAUUUCCUAGCUUGUCCUGCGGCGGCGAUCACAUUGAAGGAGGUGCAGGGGUUGUCUGCAAGAGGUGAGCAGCGGUCGCCGGCGGCCGACCGGAGAGAAACAUUACUAUUAUUAUUAUUAUUACUACUACUACUACGAAUUACAUACAAUAAGAGAUGGAAGCGAUGGUCGGCGUCCUAAUGGUACGAGCCAUGUGCUUUAACAAAAAUAAAUAAAUAAAUAAAUAUGCACGAGCAGCAGCUAGCGAUGGUGGUCGGCGUCCUAAUGGAUCGGGUCCCAUUUCAAGAAUUUAAGGAAUAAUUAAUUAUUAUUCAUUUACUCUGUCAAUUAAUCAUUGUUU